CGCGUUUAUGGUGCCGCGGCCGUGGUACCGGCGCAGGUACUUACGAGCGGGCGCGCCGCGCGCGCGCCUCCAUCCACCGAUUUUUCAUACGCGCGCGGGGAUCGCGAUCGGGUUUAUACGUACGUGCCCAUACGCAUAAAGGUGGCGAGGCUGUGCGUAGCGGUGGCGGUGGUGGGUAGGGCAGCAGCAGCGUCGACGAGGUAGCGCGACGGCAUUGCGGUCGAUACUACAGCAGGUGCUAGGCUGGUGAGUUCAAUUCGACCGUGUCGUGGGGAGUAGAGAGUGGACUUCUUGGGGAGUGGCUUGCUGGAGAUAGUGGGUGGUGAUGGAUUUUGGGCGGCGCAAGAGCUUUAGCUUCUUCGAGGAGGACCGGAAGGCGCGGCCGGCGGCGGCGCAGACGCCCGUGCACCACUAUGCGCGCGGGGGAGGAGGAGGAGGAGGAGGAGGGGGGCGGUCCCCGGCGCGCGAGGCGGCGGAGCCGGCGCGGAUGAGCAUGUCGUCCGUGCCUGUCGCGGAAUUGCCGGCGAUGAUGGGAGUCGGAGGCGUGGGAGGCGGGUGCUCGCCGUGGGUGCAGUCGCCGCUGCACAGCAGGCUGCGCUUUCCGCCGUCGCCCGCCGCGAUCUACCACUGCCUCGCGGCGCUGCACCGGCUGGACGGCGACGUGCACGCGCUCGCCGUGGCGAGAGGGGUGCUGUUCACGGCGUCCGACAGCGGCCGCGUCCGCGCGUGGGCGGCGCCCGGGUGCUUCAACCGCGGGUACCUCGACGUGGGCCGCGGCCGUGUCCCUGCUCUAGCGGCGUGCGGCGGGACGCUCGUCACCUCCCACAGCCGCGACCACCACGUCCGGGUGUGGACGGUGUGCGCGGCGGCCGUGUGCGACCACAUCCGCGCCAAGAAGGCGGCCACGCUCCCGGCCAAGGGCGGCCUCCUCUCCUUCGCCAAGAAGCGCCCGCACCACCACCGCGACACCGUGUCGUGCCUCGUGCUCCACGCCGUUGCGGGCCUCCUCUACACCGCGUCGCACGACCACACCGUCAAGGCGUGGAAGCUCUCCGACGGCAGCUGCGUCGAUUCCUUCGUCGCCCACGAUGGGCCUAUUAAUGCCAUGCUCGUCAACGAGGCCGACGGCUGCAUCUUCACGGGCUCCGCCGACGGCACCGUCAAGAUGUGGCGCCGGGUGUACGGCGGCACCGCGCACGCCCUCAUCAUCGUGCUCCGCUCCGAGCUGUCCCCAGUCAACGCGCUCACGAUCUGCCACGCCGCGAGCGGCACCACCCGACGGUGCUUCCUCUACGCCGGCUCCUCCGACGGCUACGUCAACAUCUGGGAGAAGGAGGCCUCGGCGGGCCGGCCGGUGCACGUCGGGUUCCUCAAGGGUCACCGGCUUGCGGUGUUCUGCCUGGCCUCCGGCUGCGGCGGGCGGGUGGUGGUGAGCGGGUCGGAGGACGCGACCAUGCGCGUGUGGAGGCGGGAGGGGAAGGGCGGCGAGUCGCACACGUGCCUGGCCGUGAUCGAGGGGCACCGCGGGCCCGUGCGGUGCCUGGCGGUGGGCGGCGGCGAGGCAGGGGAGGUGGAGGGAAGCAUGGUGGUGUACAGCGCCGGGCUGGACAAGAGCGUGAAGGUGUGGAGGAUAAGGGUGGUGGGGAAAGAAGAGGAGGACGACGAAGAUGAUGAAGACGACGACGGCGAGGAGGAGAUGGAGGACAUCGUGGCCGCAGGGAAGGGCGAUGUGGAUGCCGUGAGAGACGAGGUGGAGGCCGAAGAGGAGCAGGUGGUGAGCCUUGGGCCGACGCCGGUGCUGUCGCCGGUGUGGGUGGAGAAGCGGCGGCAUACAAGUCGUGGCUGAAAUGCUGAGUUGAAUUCAGCGCUGAUUAGGAGAGUGCGCGUUGCAAACUUGCAAUGGGCCAACCUUAGUUUAGUGGUUUAACAGUAUUGUUAAUUUUUCUGUUAAAUCAGUCGAUUUUCCAUCUUCGCCCACUAUCCUCUCCAAUCCAAACUUAGCAUUACCGUUGACAGCA